GCCAAAAUCAUACCAAGCAAUUUAAAAACUUCCCUUUUUUCAUUCUCCUGCUGUGUGUUAUGCAUUUAUUAUUUUUCCUUUAUCACCAUGGCAAAAUAGUUUGCGAUGUAACUCUCUUCUAUUUUGUUUUUAGGUUUCCAGCGUUCCAUCGAUGAGAUUAAGUCUACCACGCUUGCCAAAAUUGAAAAACUUCUGCAGCCGAACGGUAGGACCCUAAAAGAAUUUACUGACAUGCCAUUUCCUGAUUCGGUAGAUUCGACUGACCCUCCCGACACAGUCUUCUUUGAUGAGCUCAAUUUUGAUAAGACAGAGUUGGAAAGUAUUUCUGUCGAUUUGGUUUCCUGCUUGAAUCGAGACCAGCGUGUUGCAUUCGACACAAUAGCCAAUGCAGUCAGUCGUGGCACUAGUGGUUUUUUCUUUGUUUGUGGAUAUGGUAGAACUGGGAAGACUUUUCUAUGAAAUGCAUUGUCUGCUUCAAUAAGGUCGAAGGGUCAUAUUGUUCUCAACGUGGCAUCCAGUGGCAUUGCAGCGCUGUUGUUGCCUAAUGGGCGAAUUGCUUAUUCACGCUUUAAGGUUCCACUCAGUGUUAACCAAUACUCCAUUUGUAAUAUAAGGCAAGGCACACCCCUCGCGCAUCUUAUUUCAUCUGCAAAAUUAAUUAUAUGGGAUGAAGCACCAAUGUUAAAUAAAUUUUACUUUGAAGCGCUCGACAAGUGCCUUAAGGAUGUUCUUUGUUUUGAUCAUGGAUAUAAUCCUAAUGCUUCAUUCGGUGGAAAAACUGUUGUUCUAGGAGAUAAUUUUCGUCAGAUAUUGUCUGUGAUUCCUCGUGGUUCCUGGGAGGAGAUUGUUUAUUCGUGUAUUAAUGCUUCAAACCUGUGGCAAUGUUGCCAAGUGUUGUAAUUGACUGAAAACAUGAGGCUGGGUCAUGGUUCGCAAGAUAUCCACAAUGUACAGUUAGAGGAAUUUGUUGACUGGCUGCUUCAAAUAGGUGACGGGUUACUCGGAGACAGUACCGAUGGCGAAUCAGUUAUUAGAAUACCCAACAACUUGCUACUGGAUAUUGAGUCUCUGUGUCUGCGUGAUUUGGUGUUGUUUGUUUAUCCUGACAUUUUACUCCAUUCUUCUAGCGUGGAUUAUUUUAAGGGCAGCAGUAUAUUAGCACCAACACUUGAUGUUAUUACUGAAGUUAACAAUCAUGUGAUGUCUUUGAUCCCUGGCAAGGAGAGAGUUUACUUGAGCUCUGAUACACUACUUAAUGAAGAUGGUCACUUGGAAUCUGAAUUAUAUACAAUGAGCAUAGAGUCGUUGAAUGCAUUGAAUUGUUCUGGAAUUCCCCAACACAUGUUAGUUCUUAAAAUUGGUGUUCCUGUGAUGCUUCUUCGCAAUAUUGACCAAUCCAAUGGACUAUGCAACGGUACGCGAAUGCAAGUUAGACGUCUCGGCGACCAUUUCAUUGAGUGUGUCAUAUUAGCAGGUCGUAAUACUGGUGAGGUUGUCUUUAUUCCCAAGAUGAACAUGGCCCCUAAUAAUGAGACAUUAUCAAUCAGGUUUACUCGACGACAAUUUCCGGUUGCGCUUUGCUUUGCAAUGACCAUAAACAAGUCCCAAGGACAAACACUGUCAACUAUUGGCGUGUAUCUUCCAAGACCUGUUUUCACUCAUGGUCAGCUUUAUGUUACACUCUCUCAGGUCAGUAUGCAUUAUGGACUGAAGAUAUUAUCUGUUGGCUCUAACGGCACAGUCUCAAAUCAUACUAUUAAUGUUGUCUAUAGAGAGGUUUUUACCGGCUUACUACCUUUCAUUCUACCUUGAAUGGUAUGUUUGUUGUGUGGCUCUUUGCUCAUCUUCUCAAGAUGUUAUUUGCAUUCCGUAUCCCUAAUACUUAUGUUAAUUCUUAUGAAUAUGCUAUUGUUGAAUAUUGCAGCAACUGAACAUUGUUCUUUAUGCUCAGUAGCCAUUUCUUUUAUGUCCCUGUACCCGGCACGGGUCUUAAAACUAGUAUUAAUACAUGGAUCAGAAUCUAGAAUUCAUCAUCAGGAUCAUAAAUGACUUUCUUCUUACAAGAGUGUUCCGCCACCACUUCCUCCUUUCUUUAUGGAGUUUAAGAUUUUUUUGUACACACUUGUUAUAAGGUUGUCUCUAUAUGUUGCAUUGUAGCCAUAUGGUCCUUUGAUGAUACAUCGAAUUCUGCAAAGAUUAUUGGCAUUCCCAGAUGCUUUUCUGCGUCUUCUAUAUGGGAUUGCAUCUAUAAUAUUACGAAUUUUAGAUGGUUUUCAAAAAUUUGCUGUGAGAUCCUUCAAUUUUCGUAAUUCAUAAUUAAGGAGUUAUUACAAGAUAUACUAUU